AUGAAACACACGUUUAUGGGCAGCACAAAGAACACUGAUCGUCAUCUUUGUUGGUAUAAUGAUUUCCACAAAUCUCGAAAAGGGAUUUUCCUCUUGCUGCGAGUGGCCAUCGCUGACAGAUUUGUGUCACAACUAUUGCAGAACUUGAUGAUGAAUUACAAUAAGAAUGUUCGUCCAGUCAAAAACGCAUCCGAUGCGCUUACCGUCUAUUUUGGGGCGAGUUUGUGUCGGCUGAUUGAUGUGGACGAAGUGAAUCAAGUGUUGACAACGAGUUUGUGGCUUGAAAUGCAAUGGACGGACAGCAAACUCGUUUGGAACCCAAAGGACUACGGUGGAACGAGGAAGAUCCACAUUUCAUCCGAUCAAAUCUGGACACCCGAUGUCGUUUUAUACAAUAAUGCCGACGGCGAACCCCAUAUCAGUAUCGUUUCGCUGGCGAUGGUCGAUUAUUUGGGAACGGUGAUUUGGAUGCCCCCAUCGAUCUACAAAAGCUUUUGCGCGAUCAACAUUGCCGAUUUCCCGUACGAUUCUCAGAAAUGCGAGAUGAAAUUUGGCGGCUGGACAAACGACGGUCAAACUCUUGACUUACAACAAAUCUCUUCGGAUGUCAAUGAGAAACCCGAAAAGAAAGUCGACGACUCGGGGACAGAGUAUCAAUUUCUGAAAUCCGGAAUGGGAAUCUCUUUCUAUCAUCCCUCCGCCGAAUGGGAUCUCCUUUCUGUGACUUCUUCUCGUUACGCGCAAAUCUAUCCAGGAUGUUGUGGUCAACUCUACUACAUCGACAUUCGCUACACUUUGAUUCUUCGCCGGAAAGCGAUCUUCUUCACGGUGAUGCUCACCAUUCCAUCAAUGCUAAUCACCAAUAUGACGCCAUUCGUUUUCCUCAUCCCUCCAAUCGAGCACAAAAUGACCUUCUCAAUCUCGGUUUUCGUCGCAUUUUCCGUGUUCUACCUUGUUCUCACUCAAAUCAUUCCACCAACAUCGCUCGUUUUGCCAUUAAUCGGGAAAUAUCUUCUUUUCACCUUAAUCAUGAUCUUUUGUUGUAUCAUCAUUUCAGUCGUCAAUAUCAAUAUCUAUCGAAGACAAGCUUUUGCUUCGGAGAUGUCCGAUUGGCAAAGAUGGCUUUUUGUGAGAACUCUACCGAAAUAUUUGCGAUUGAAACAAUUGGAAUAUACUGAAGAAGAGAAAGAACGAGAAAUGAAAGAAAGAGAAGCCCGUAAAGCACGACGAAUGGCCCGACGAGGCAGAAGAGUGAGAAGUAAACCCCCAACCAACGAUCAAUCACCGAUCUUUCAAUCAAAAAGACUUCGAUUAUUGAGUCUUGUAGAGAUGGAUGAAACAUUCCGGAACAAGAGUGCAGCUGAUGCACAUUCUUUGUUCAAAAGACUCUCAAAUGCUGUUCAAAUCAUCGCUGCUCAUUUUCACAAUCAGAAUCAAGAGAGCAAGAUCACAGAUGAAUGGCGUUUGAUGUCACUUGUGAUCGAUCGAAUUUGCCUCAUUAUCUACCUAAUUCUAAACGUUGCUGCAACUAUUUGGUUUUUGCUUUCUUGUCCAACAUUCUUCGAUGAACGACCAGAAUUGUUUGGCUCUCCCGCACACAAGCCAUUGUCUGGCGACGCAAUUAACAUUAUCUCUAAUUACCAGACC